AUUCAUAUGACAAACAAUUAAAUAAUUGUGAAACGAACACACAUGUGUGAGAAGCGAAUAUGGGAAUAAUUACAUUUGGCGUUUUAACGAUUAGCGAUACUUGCUACUCGGAGCCAGAUAAAGAUCGGAGCGGUCCCUGUCUCGCGCACCUAAUAAAACAGGCAUUUAGUAACACACAAAUAAUCGAAGCCAUACUGCCCGACGAGCGCGAUCUCAUUCAGCGGGAGCUGCGCAAGUGGAUUGACAAAAAGGAUGUGCGCGUCAUCAUAACCACCGGUGGCACAGGAUUCGCUCCGCGCGAUGUGACCCCGGAGGCCACAAAGCCACUCCUGGACAAGGACUGUUCCCAGCUAGCCAUGGCAAUUGCAAUUGCUUCACUUCAAAAGACCAAAUUAGCGGCUUUGUCUCGUGGCGUUUGCGGCAUUGCCGGCAACACUUUGGUGCUCAAUUUUCCGGGCAGCGAAAAGGCCGUCCGAGAAUGCUUUGAGGUUGUGCGCGAUCUUCUGCCACAUGCCCUGCAUCUAUUAAACAACGAUUUGGGGCUUGUGCAACGCACCCAUGCUGAGCUGCAGGCCACCGUAGCUGUGUCUCCGGUACGACGUGAAGAUCCGGGUAGUACUAAUAGCUCUGCUACACCAUCCAUUGUGGCUCAGGAUCGUGGCCAUAUAUGUCCACACAGAACAGGCGCUGGCGACGACAACGAUCGUAAUUCGUCCUUUCCCAUGCUACCAGUCAAAGAUGCCUUAGACAUCGUCUUCAAUAUUGUGCAGCGCAACAAGAGCUUGGAAAAAUUUCAGAAUGAGUUGCUAUCGCCGGUAAACAUUCCGCCCUUUCGGGCAUCCAUCAAGGAUGGCUAUGCCGUGCAGUCGCAAGGAUUUGCGGGCGCCAAACGAGUAGUUGGCUGCGUGGCCGCAGGAGAUGAGCCCUCGGAUUAUGCGAUGCAGGAGGAUGAAUGCUUUAAAAUAAAUACGGGGGCUGCCAUGCCCGUCCAUACAAAUUGUGUUGUUCAGGUCGAGGACACAAAGGUGCUGCAACGCGACAGACAGGGCAACGAAAAAUUGGUGGAGACGCUAGUGCAACCAACUAACGGCUACGAUGUGCGACCCAUUGGCUGUGACUUGCGCAAAGGCGAGAAAGUGUUUCCAGAAUUUGAAUCUUCGCGGGUCGUCUCCAAAUCUCUGCUGGCUUCUGUCGGCGUACAGUUGGCAAUACGCAAUCCUAAGAUAGCCAUUAUAUCGACAGGCAGCGAGCUUCUGGCCCCGCAUCAGCCUCCGGAGCCCGGCAAGAUCUAUGACUCGAAUUCUACCAUGUUGGAUGAAUUGCUUACGUACUUCGGCUUCGAUUGCAUAGAUGUGCGUGUAUUGAGUGACAAUUUUGAAACCAUUCAGCAAACCUUGUCCCAACUUUAUGAGACCGUGGACUUUGUCAUCUGUACUGGUGGCGUAUCCAUGGGUGAUAAGGACUUCAUAAAGCCGGUGCUGGAGAGCAUGAAGUUCAAAUUGCACUUCGGAAGGGUUAACAUGAAGCCGGGGAAGCCCAUGACAUUUGCCAGCCGCGAUGAGAAGUAUUUCUUCGGUCUUCCUGGAAAUCCUGUGUCCGCCUUUGUCACAUUUCAUCUAUUCGCUCUCCCGGCCAUUCGCUGGGCCGCUGGCUGGAAUCUCUCCAAAAGCAUGCUGCCGAUCAUAGAUGUGAAGUUAAGGAGGAGUCAGCCCAUCCAAUUGGAUCCACGUCCCGAGUACAUACGUGCCUCGGUGAGUAGCAAGAAUGGCAAGCUCUAUGCCACCAUUAAUGGAGAUCAGAUAAGCAGCCGUUUACAGAGUAUUGUGGGGGCCGAUGUGCUCAUACAUUUUCCCGGACGCUCAGCUGAGAAGAGCUAUGCCAUGGAUGGCGACAUUUAUCCGGCCUCUGUGCUGCGCUUCGACUUUAUAUCGCAGUACGAAUGAUAAUGAUUGAUAAUGCACUAUCAAGCAAAUAUGAACAACAAUCACACCACCAAUCACACGCACUUUUGACAAAUAUUGCAAUUUGAAGUAGACAAUGUGUUGAUAGAGUAGAACAAUUUUUUACACGUUUUCUUUCUGAAAUUUUAUUCUUUAUAUAUAUAUAUAUAUAUAUGUGUAUAUGUAAAAAUACACCGUAUUGUGUAUAAAAAUAUAAAAAUUUCUUAAACAAA